CAGAAGGAUAUAGUCGUUGUCUUACUAGCCAAAGCCACACUACUCUCUCAGGCCCCACCAUGCAGAAGGACGCUUCCUCGAGCGGCUUCCUGCCCAGCUUCCAGCACUUCGCCACUCAGGCCAUCCAUGAGGGACAAGAGCCCGAGCAGUGGAGUUCGCGCGCUGUGGUGCUGCCCAUUUCGCUAGCCACCACGUUCAAGCAAGACUCGCCAGGCCAGUCCUCGGGUUUUGUAUACAGCCGCUCUGGAAAUCCAACAAGGAAUUGCUUGGAAAAAGCAGUGGCUGCACUGGAUGGGGCAAAGCACAGUUUGUCUUUUGCAUCGGGGCUAGCUGCCACCACGACAAUUACCCAUCUUUUAAAAGCAGGAGAUGAAGUCAUUUGCAUGGAUGUAGUGUAUGGAGGCACCAACAGGUACUUCAGGAGGGUGGCGUGUGAAUUUGGACUGAAGAUUUCUUUUGUGGAUUGUUCCCAAACCAAAUUGCUAGAGGCAGCGAUUACACCACAAACCAAGCUUGUUUGGAUUGAAACACCCACAAACCCAACCUUGAAGUUGGUUGAUAUCGAAGCCUGCGCACGAAUUGUCCACAAACGUGGAGACAUCAUUUUGGUUGUAGAUAACUCUUUCAUGUCUGCAUAUUUCCAGAGACCUUUGGCUCUGGGUGCUGAUAUUUGUAUGUGUUCUGCCACAAAAUACAUGAAUGGCCACAGCGAUGUGCUCAUGGGCUUAGUGUCUGUUAAUUCUGAUGACCUCAAUAACCGACUUCGUUUCCUGCAGAAUUCACUCGGGGCAGUUCCUUCUCCUUUUGAUUGUUACCUCUGCUGCCGAGGCCUGAAGACACUGCAGAUCCGGAUGGAAAAGCAUUUCAAGAAUGGGAUGGCAGUAGCCCGUUUCCUGGAGUCCAAUCCCCGGGUAGAGAAGGUUAUUUAUCCUGGGCUACCCUCUCACCCUCAGCAUGAGCUGGCCAAACGCCAGUGCACCGGCUGCCCAGGGAUGGUCACUUUCUAUAUCAAGGGUGCUCUGCAGCAUGCCAAGACCUUCCUCAAAAGUCUAAAGGUGUUUGCUCUGGCUGAGAGCCUGGGAGGAUAUGAGAGUCUGGCUGAGCUCCCAGCAAUCAUGACCCAUGCCUCCGUGCCUGAGAAGGACAGAGCUGCCGUCGGGAUCAGUGACACACUGAUCCGACUUUCCGUGGGCCUAGAGGAUGAAGAGGACCUUCUCGAAGACCUGGGUCAAGCCUUGAAGGCAGCGCACCCUUAAAGUUCGAGUCAAAGCUGGCAUUCCAGUGCUGCCAUCAGGAGCAGCAUCCAAGGGUCGAAUCUUCUGAAUAACUGGACAGACCGUUAAGGAGCAUCUGCAGAACUUCACAGUGAACGUUCUAAGGCCCCAAUGAUUUUGCAGCUGUAAUCUUCCAGGGAUCUCCCCUUAAGGACUGUCUUCUGUUUAUCUUCUAGCUAACAGGUUGUUCUGUUAGUAUCAUUUUGGUAAUUUUGCUAUAUUUGUGUCCAAGGAAAUGAGAGUUGUGCUGUUUUGGGGAUCAUGUUGCUUUUUUUCCCUUUUUUUCUUUCUUUGGUAGCUUAAGAUAUACUUUAAUCAUGUUUACAAUGUCACAAUUUAGUAUUCAUUUUUAUGAAGUUAAAUUAUUAAAUGAAUGAUCUUAAAUCAACUGUGAGUUUUUUUGAAAAAUUAUUGAAAGUGGGGGUUUUUACAUAAUUACCAUAAACCAAAAAUCAAAUAUUUGGAAUACCUACUGUGAAAUUCAAGUGAAUAAAGGUUGUACUUGAUACUUGUUAUUUUUCUUAAAUAAAUUUAAUUAUCAAAUGUA